GCAAUCACUUUGCUUUCGGAUAACAUUUAAUCAAUUUGCAUUAAAUAAAAUUUUAAAUUAAAAUGACUGGUCGUGGAAAAGGUGGAAAAAUUAAAGCUAAAAAGUCAUCAAGAUCUGAUAAAGCUGGGUUACAAUUUCCAGUUGGUAGAUUACACCGAUUAUUAAGAAAAGGUAAUUACGCGCAAAGAGUAGGUGCUGGAGCACCUGUGUACUUAGCUGGUGUUUUAGAGUAUCUAGCGGCAGAAGUAUUGGAACUAGCAGGUAAUGCAGCUAGAGAUAAUAAAAAGUCUCGCAUAAUUCCAAGACAUAUACAGUUGGCUAUUAGGAAUGAUGAAGAACUAAACAAACUUCUAAAUGGAGUCACAAUUUCACAAGGUGGUGUUUUGCCUAAUAUUCAAUCUCAAUUAUUACCAAAGAAGACCCCAACUGAAACUGGUGGUAAAGCCAAUACUCAAUCUCAAGAAUAUUGA